CCCCCCCCCCCCCCCCCCUGCCCCUUCUCCUCGGGUGCACGCCCAGGAAGCUGCCAGGACCCGGGAUGAGGAUCUGCUGACAAAGUGAGGAGCCAAUGAUGUCCGGGCGUAAGACUCUGCCGAGGGAAGUCAUGGCGGUCUGGGCCAGAUAAAGAAGAAAGAAGACUGCAGAGAAGACGUCUCCUAUUUGGAUAAAUAAUUGAGCUGAUUGUUUCCUCGGAAAUAUUCCUUCAUCAUUGUUCUUUUACACUGGACUCAAGUCAAGUCCAAGUAAGAUGCCUUCAUGCUUGGUGAACAAGUGCUCGACUAAGAGUGGCAAAAAGGGCCAAAGUCCAGAUAUCCAUUUGCACAGAUUUCCGAAAGAUCCAAUAAGGAUCCGAAAAUGGCUCCAGCAGACCGGGCAGACCUUCGAAAAUUUGGAAAGAGUAAUAGAAUUGAUUGUGGAGGGACAAAAGGAACCAAAAUAUUGGCUCUGCUCCUUACACUUUGAUUCAGACUGCUAUGUGCAAACACCAAAUGGACCGGUGUUGAGGCAGGAUGCCAUUCCCUCUAAUUUCCAAGGUUUUGCCGAAGGUGGAAGGGUCAUUGAAGAAAGUCUUAAAAAACCGCGACCACGUGGAAAAAAAAGACCCAUGAUGUCCACGUCACGACCAGAUGUUCCAUCGUCCGCUACUUCUACCGAUUCUUUCCACCAAGUCACUGAUACUAAAUAUGAUGUUACAUUUUCUAAGGAAGGUUUCCGAACUAUCGGAACACAAACUGAAUCCACCAUUUCUAAUUCAACUGUAGAAUAUUUGGCCUAUGACGAGCAAAAAAGGGAAAUUUCCUCCUUAUGCCGAGAGGGUCCAGCAGCGUCCACACCUGUGGCACAAACAGGAAAGUUAACAUUAAUGAAUAUGGGGCCGUCUUUAAUUUUGAUUGGACCCUGGGCAAUCGCACAGUCCAUCUCAAUACCUCAUCCCAACCUCCCCCAACAAAAAACAAACACGGAUCUUAGACUUGUCUGAAAAACCUUUAAAGGGGUACUCCACUUGAAAACUUUGUAUUUUUUUACAAUCAACUGGUGCCAGAAAGUUAAACAGAUUUGUAAAUU